AUGCCCAAGUUUCAUUGUGACUACUGUGAUACACAUCUCACCCAGGACUCUCUGUCUGUGACAAAGACGCACUGCAGUGGGAGGACGCACAAGGAGAAUGUGAGGGACUAUUAUGAGAAAUGGAUGGAAGAGCAGGCCCAGAGCCCGACUGACAAAACAACAGCGGCAUUUCAGCAAGGGAAAAUACCUGCUACUCCACUCUCUGCUCCUCCUCCUACCAGGGAGAUGAUUCCACCUCCCCCCAAUCUUCUGGAUCCUCCUCAUCCUGGUAUGAUGCCUGCACCCCAUAUGUUGGGCCCUCCCAUGAUGCUGAUGAUGGGUCCCCCUCCUCCUGGGAUGAUGCUGGGGGGACCUGCUCCUGGAAUGAGGCCACCCGUGGGAGGUCACAUGUCAGUGAUGCCUGGGCCCCCAGUGAUAAGACCUCCUGCUGGUCCCAUGUUGGUGCCCACUGGUCCUGGAAGUACUUGA